GCUCACGGUCUCACGUCGCCAUGCAUUGCUCUGCCAGACCACCACCAUGUCCAAAUUUGACUGGAUUCGAGCAGGCCACACUAUAUUAUCCCCGUUCCCGGUGGGUUUGUUUGCAGGGCGGCAGAGCAGAGGCACAACACACAAACCAACCCAAAACCAUUUCCUACUAGCUAGAAGAGUGAAGUGAAGCGAUGAAGAAGACCGUGGUCCUGUACCCUGGCCUCGGCGUCGGCCACCUGGUGCCGAUGGUGGAGGUCGCCAAGUUGUUCCUCAAGCACGGCCUCGCCGUCACCGUGGCGCUCGUCGAGCCGCAGGUCGAGUCCACGGACUUCUCCGCCGCGGUCGCCCGCGCGAGGGCCUCCAACCCCUCCGUCGCCUUCCACGUCCUGCCGUCGCCGCCCGCAGAUUCAAACCCCGACGGCGCGCCCAGGCACCACGUCGUCAAGGUUAUCCAAUUGCUCGCCGCCAUGAAUGCGCCCCUCCGCGACUUCCUCCGCUCGCUGCCCGCCGUCCACGCGCUCGUCCUCGACAUGUUCUGCGUCGACGCCCAGGACGUCGCGGCCGAGCUCAAGCUGCCGGUCUACUACUCGUUCGCCUCCGCUGCCGCCGACCUCGCCAUCUUUCUCAACCUGCCGAGCAAGUUCGCCAGCAAUACGGCCAAGGUAAAAGAGCUCGGCGACUCCAUCAUUACCUUCCCGGGUGUUCCUCCUUUCAAGGCUUCGGAGCUGCCCUCCGAAGUUAUCGGCGACGACGAAGCGCUCGUGUACGUCUUACGCAUGUUUGAGCGAAUGGCAGAGGCGAAAGGAAUUCUUAUCAAUUCCUUCGAUUCGUUGGAAGAGCCCGCACUGAGCGCUCUCAACGACGGACUUUGCGUCCCUGGUCGUGCGACGCCGCCGGUAUACUGCAUUGGACCGUUGGUCUCGGGAGGCGGAGACAAGGAGCACGAGUGCCUCCGCUGGCUGGACGCGCAGCCGGACCAGAGCGUGGUGUUCCUCUCCUUCGGCAGCCUGGGCACAUUCUCCAGUAAGCAGCUCGAGGAAAUUGCAGUUGGUUUGGAGAAGUCAGGGGAGAGGUUCCUGUGGGUUGUAAGGAGCCCGCACAGUCCCGACCAGAAGCACGGCGAUCCGCUCCUGGAGCCUGACCUCGACGCGCUCAUGCCGGAAGGGUUCUUGGAGAGGACCAAGGACAGAGGGCUCGUGGUGAAGUCUUGGGCGCCGCAGGUGGAGGUCCUGCGCCACAGGGCGACCGGCGCAUUCAUGACGCACUGCGGCUGGAACUCGACGCUGGAGGGCAUCACGGCAGGGUUGCCGCUGCUGUGCUGGCCGCUGUACGCGGAGCAGAAGGUGAACAAGGUGCACAUAGUGGAGGGAAUGAAGCUCGGGGUGGAGAUGAGAGGCUACAGUGAAGAGGUGGUUAAGGCCGAGGAGGUGGAGGAGAAGGUCAGAUGGGUUAUGGCGUCCGAGGGAGGCAUGGCACUCAGGGUGCGGGUAGCGGCAGCGAAGGAUGCGGCGGCUGAGGCGCUCCAGGAAGGGGGCUCGUCCAACUUGGCGUUUGCCCAAUUCCUCAAAGACAUGGACAUUUCCAAGCAGGUUCUCGGAACACAAGACCUUGGAGAACACUUCCAUAGAUACAUGCCACAACAGGCAUUCCAGCAAGUUCAACAUUUUUCGGACAUGAAAAAAAAGUGUUUCUCCUAAUGAUGAGUCAAGAUACUAAGCAAGGUUAGUUGAUAAAGGUUAUAGCCAGAUUCCAGGUAUUGACUAUAAUGAAGUCUUUUUCUCCUGUUGUAAAGCAUAGCUCUAUUUGCACUUUACUCAGUAUUGUUGCCAUGCAUAAUUUUGAGCUUGAACAAUUAGAUGUUAAAACUGCAUUUUUACAUGGAGAAUUAGAAGGGGAUAUCGAAAUGGAACAACCUGAAGAUUUUGUUAUUCCUGGAAAAGAAAAGCUUGUCUGUAAGUUAAUAAAAUCUCUUUAUGGACUGAAGCAAUCUCUUAGACUGUGGUAUAAUAGAUUUCACACUUUUAUGCUCUCCCAAGGUUUCAAAAGGUCUAAUUAUGAUAACUGUAUUUAUUUGAAAACUGUCAAUGGUUCAGCUAUUUAUUUGCUCAUUUACAUUGAUGAUAUGUUAAUUGCUUCAAAGAGUAUGCCGGAGAUUAAUGAAUUAAACAAGCAAUUCAAUAACGAAUUUGAGAUGAAGGAUAUAGGCACAACAAAGAAAAUACUUGGUAUGGAAAUAUCCAGAGAUAGACUAUCAGGAAAAGUGUAUCUAAGUCAGAAGGGAUAUAUUGAUAAAGUUCUUCAUCGUUUUAAUAUGCAUAAUGCCAAGUCAGUAACGAGUCAGAUGCAGAUAUUGAGUACAUAUCUAGAGUUUCCUAUUCGAGUGCAGUUGGUUCAUUUAUGUAUGCAAUGGUUUGUUCUUGUCCAGAUUUUUCAUAUGCAUUGAGUGUUGUUAGCUGGUACAUGGCUAAUCCUGGAAAAGAGUACUGGAAAGUAGUUCAGUGGAUUUUUAGAUACCUGUGUGGUACUUCUAAUGCUUACUUGCAGUUUGGAAAACUAGAGAUUCACUUAUUGGUUUUGUUGAUUCUGAUUUUGCUGGUGAUUUGGAUAAGAGAAGAUCACUCACAGGUUAUGUUUUCACCAUUGGUGGUUGUGCUGUGAGUUGAAGAGCAACUUUGUAGUCUAUUGUGGCUUGUUCCACUACUGGUGCCGAGUAUAUAUGGCUAUUUUGAGGCAUGCAAAGAAGCUAUCUGGUUGAGAGGUUUGUAUGCUGACCUUUGUGAAGAUUCAUCUUGCCUAACCAUAUUUUCUAACAUUCAAAGUGUAAUAUGUCUUACAAAGAAUCCAAUGUGUCAUGAUAGAACAAAGCAAACUUAAUGUCCGAUUUCACUACAUUCGAGAUAUUAUUGCUGAAGGCGAUUUGAAGAUAAGAAAGAUAAGUACUCAUGAUAAUCCUGCAGAUAUGAUGAUAAAGCCAGUUCCUACCAAUAAGUUAGAGCUUUGCUCAAGCUUAGUUGGUAUUUGUCACUAGUCCUAUAGACUUUGACGCCCAAGGUGUUUAUGCUAAUUUGGAUUGAGUAUUUACUUUCUUGGACUACCAGAGGGAAUUUGGCUCAAUGUGGAGAUUUUAAAUUGUGAUCCAAAUUCUACCGCCUUGGACUAGACGUGGUACACAUGUUGUGGGCGUUGCGUUGGCAUUGACGCGUACGAGUACCACUCGUUUACUUGUCCUCCAAGGACUCUUGUGUAUUGUCUCUCACAUAUACCCCAUGUAGUCGCACCUAACGACUGCAUGUCGUCUCGUGCUUGUAAUACUCCUCCAUCACAGUGAUUGCGCCUUCGUGCGUCCGUGGUUUUCUCCCACAAGGGUUUGUAUGUAAAACUUUGUGUCUCUCAUGUCUCGUUUAUUCUCAUUUUAUCUAAUAGUAAUUUGUAACAAGUAGCAACAAACAAUAGUAGCAAUAGUGUAGCAAGGUGGCUCACUCCUUUUUAUAGCAAAGGACAAGCAGAAAGUACUUCUUAUAGUGAGCAAAGCAUUCUCGAGGACACA